GUGUGGCUGCCAACAAUCUGUCAAAAAAUCAUCUCGCCUCUGCGUAAAUUCUGCCGCUGUCAUUUAAUUGAAAUUAAGUUUUGUGCAUUGAUUUAAAUCGGAAACGAAAAUGGCAUUACGGGUACAAUUCGAGAACAAUGACGAUAUUGGUGCAUUCAGUAAAUUGACAAACAGUUAUUGUCUGGUGGCAAUUGGUGGAGCCGAAACAUUUUACAGUGUCUAUGAGGCUGAAUUGGCUGAAACAAUACCGGUUAUCCAUGCCAGUAUAGCUGGAUGUCGUAUAAUUGGCCGAAUGACAGUGGGAAACAAAAAUGGGUUACUGGUACCCAGUUCCACCACUGACGUUGAAUUGCAACAUUUGCGAAAUAGUUUGCCGGAUGAAGUAAAGGUGCAACGCGUUGAGGAAAGACUGUCGGCAUUGGGAAACGUUAUUGCGUGCAACGAUUAUGUAGCUUUAGUACAUCCAGAUCUCGAUAAGGAAACAGAGGAAGUCAUUGUAGAUACGCUGAAUGUAGAAGUAUUUCGACAAACUGUUAACCAGAACGUUCUCGUUGGAACAUACACAGUGCUCAGCAAUCAGGGUGGUUUGGUCCAUCCGAAAACGUCGAUGCAAGAUCAGGAUGAAUUGUCUUCUCUGCUGCAAGUACCUUUAGUCGCGGGAACAAUAAACCGUGGAAGUGAAGUUAUUGGUGCCGGAUUAGUGGUUAACGAUUGGUGUGCAUUCUGUGGCAUGAAUUCAACAUCGACAGAGAUUUCAGUGGUUGAGAGUGUGUUUCGAUUGAAUGAUGCUCAUCCCACUGCCGUUUCGAGUAAACUUCGAGCCACGCUGAUCGAAGCAAUGUCUUAAGCUCAACAAAGUAAACAACAACAUUCUUUUCUAUCAACAGUUGGGGUGAUCCACAAUAUAUUAAUUUUUGGUAAAUAAAAUUGCUGUUGCAA